CUCCCGCGCGGCCAAUCAGGAGCGCCCAGGUGUCGCGCGCGGGGCGGGGGCGGAGACAGUGAGAAGAUGGCGGCCAAAGGCGGCCGGAACGGGCUCCUGGACAAGUGGAAGAUUGAUGACAAGCCAGUGAAAAUUGACAAAUGGGACGGUUCAGCCGUGAAAAAUUCCCUGGAUGACUCUGCCAAAAAGGUUCUCCUGGAAAAGUACAAAUAUGUGGAAAAUUUCCGCUUGAUUGACGGCCGCCUCCUCAUCUGCACAAUCUCUUGUCUCUUUGCAAUUGUUGCUUUGAUUUGGGAUUACCUGCAUCCUUUUCCUGAAUCCAAACCCGUCCUUGCUUUUUGUGUUGUCUCAUAUUUUGUGAUGAUGGGAAUCCUGACCAUCUACACCUCAUACAAGGAGAAGAGUAUUUUCCUCGUGGCUCACAGGAAAGACCCGGCAGGGAUGGACCCCGACGACGUUUGGCAACUCUCCUCCAGCCUCAAACGGUUUGAUGACAAGUACACCCUGAAGCUGACGUUCAUCAGCGGGAAAACCAAGCAGCAGAGGGAAGCCGAGUUCACCAAAUCCAUCGCCAAGUUCUUCGAUAACAACGGGACGUUAGUCAUGGAAGCCUACGAGCCAGAGGUGUCCAAGCUCCACGACAGUCUGGCCCUGGAGAGGAAAACAAAAUGAUCCCAGACACCGUCCCACCUUCCCGGGAACGUGCUGAGUUAACACCAAUAAAGUCGAAUGGCAAAGAAAGCGAA